AUGGGCAUAGUUAUAUUUUGGCCAUGUACAAAUCAUAAAGUUCAAUAUUUUGAGGAAAAGCACAGUAUUUAUGGUUGGCCUGAUACUAAAUUUGGUAUUUUCAUCGUUAAGAUCGCGAAAAACUCCAGUUUCGUUGACAAUAGAACCGAAUUGCUUGGUUAUGUUCACAAAGAUAACAUUAAUAUUCUAUAUAGUAAGCUGAAACUCAAUGUUGCUAUGUCAAUUAGUUCAGAAAAAGUUGUUUUUUACAAUCCAAGACAGUUUAACAUUUUAUACAUUAGUAAUUAUAGCGAUAAAGAGGCUGGAAAUGAUUUUAUAAACAUUAAUUCACAUGAAAUUAGAUAUUCCAAUGAUCUAAUUUCAUGUUUGGUAUUGGCAUCAUCAAUAAACGUUAAUAAUAAGUCAAAUAAAUCAAAAUUGUUCAAUUAUUUUGUCAAUUUCCUAUAUAUAAUAUCACAUAUAAUUAACUUGUUAUUCAUAGAUAAAUUUGAUUUUUUAAAAUAUUCAUCAGUGAUGAAACAUAUAAGUGGUAUUAUCAAUGAUAUUAAUUCAAUUAACAUAAAAUUACAGGCAAUAAGAGAUGAAAAUGACAUUAAAAAAAUAUUGAAAGUGCAAGAAGAAUUCUAUGCCAAAUUGUCUUUCUGUCUCAUAGACUUGGUACUGGGUAUCAUAAUAUUUCCAAUAUUUUUUUACUAUGGCAUUAUAAUGAUAGAGUUUUGCAAGAAAAAAUUUUUUUUUUACCAAAAAAUUGUUAUAGAUAUAUUUAUAGAUGAUAUUGCAUUUGCACUGAAACCAAAUCCCAAUUUGUCCAUUUUUAUAGGAAAUAUCUUUCUAUCUAUUCUAGUUGUCAUCAAAACUACAUUUACAAAUUUGCCUAGAUUUUACUUCAUACUAAAUUUCAUGUGGAUAUACUCAUUUUUACUCGGAUUUACAUUUCAAUACCAUGUCUUAAGGGAUACUUUUCGUAUUUGCACUUUACACUUUCGAUAUUGCUAUAUAAUAUCAAAAAAAAUGUUUAAGAAGACCUUUGAUACACUAGUUCCAUUGUUACAUCUGUUUAGGGGCAAAAAACGCAACACUUUGACUAAUAAAAUAGAAAACGAGACAUACAAACAAGAUGAACUUUACUUGGGUACCAUGCUAUUUAUCACCAUUGGAUGCCUAUUCUAUACAAUCACCUUUUACUACCUGAUAUACAUAUUCCUUAUUGGGCCAAUAUACAUAUUCGAGUCCCUAUUCAAUAUCAUAUAUACUGUAUAUAGAUCAUUUGCCACGGAAAUUGUAAAUAACAUGUGCAAAUUUACCAGAAUAAAUGUAAUCAUCAAAGAUGGAAGGGUACAUUUGACAAAUUAA